AUGCCCACGACCACCAUGGCAUGGUUGGUCGACAACGUGAGGGAAUCCAAAGGAAGAGAGAACAGAACCGAGAUCCAGGAGCUCGCUCGCUUCGCCGUCGACGAGCACAAUAAGAAACAGAAUGCGCUUUUGGAGUUUACGCGUGUUGUGAAGGCGAGGGAGCAGGUUGUCGCUGGAACUCUGCAUCACUUGACGGUGGAGGUAGUUGAGGGAGGGGAGAAGAAGCUGUACGAGGCCAAAGUGUGGGUGAAGCCAUGGCUUAAUUUCAAACAGGUUGAAGAAUUCAAGCUAAAUCUAGCGUCAAUUCUUAGCGAUGGAUUUGGGUUAUAUUCCAUCAAUAAAUAA